CUACUAUGCAAAGUAUCUAAAUCUAACGAACAAUUGAGGCUCUGACCAGUAGUAAACAGAUCAAUCAAUCAUAACAGAUCCAUGUCGCGGCAUGUUGCUCUUUUAGUGAUUAUUCACUGUAAGGAUAAGGGAAAAGAUUUUUUGACAAAAUUUUAGAGCAUCCGAGCACUGUCAAACAAGAAUUGCGAUUGUGGCUAAUGACUAUGGACGAUCACAAUAACCUUCAAGCGGGUAAAGAAACACCAGCUUCAGACACAAAGACAUGGUGGCUAAAUACUUUUUGUUUCUUCAUCUUCGGUUUUUUCGCCUUCUUCAACGUAGAAAUGUUCCUCAUAGGAGCGCAGGAUAUCCUGAGCGGCAGGAACGUUCCGACCGCUAUUUUGAUCACUUGUUUUGAGGGUCCUUUAGUGAUGGCCAAACUAGUCAUUCCUUUAUUUCAGGAGAAGAUUCCCUACGUGGUGAAGGUGUUCUUUAUCACAUCCUCUAUGAUUCUUGGAUUGUCUUUAGUCGUUUUCGCAAAUGACUUUAAAGUAAAGAUUUUAGGAGUCGGGCUAAACGCCAUGGCUGCUGGGGCUAAUGAAGCCACCUUCCUUGCGCUGGCUUCGUUUUAUCCAAAGCUAUGCAUCAGCGCGUUCGUCGCUGGCACUGGAACGGGUUGUCUGGUUGCUGCUCUUUACUACACAGGUAACUAUAUUUAAUUGUUCAGAGCUUUUCUUAAUACAACGUGGGCCUCUGUUUCUUUUAAUACAGAGUAUGUUUAAUUGAAUUUAAUCCCUAAUAGAAAAUAGCAAAAGGGGAAAUAAUGGCAAUCUACUGGGUAGAUUGAGUCGCGAAGGGAUUUGAAAUUUCAUGACGCCGUUAGUGCGCUGCGUCAUUACAAUAUGGAGAAAUAGCUUGAUCAUUUGCAUUUCAGACGGAACGCUGAUUUUCCCACUUUGUGUGCGUAUCUACGAGGAAACAGUGAAGCAUUUCUGUCGCUGGUCAUUAUAUCGAUUUAAAAAUAAAUCAGGCAAAAUUUAGACGGAGAAUAUCAGCCGUAUGCGUUUUCAAUAUGAAAACGUCUUUUCAAAGUUACCCUUCGUACAAAUUGUAUAGAAGGGACCCUUGGAGAAAAUGAGAAAAUGUUCGCAAGUAAUUUGCCUAUAAAUCCUAUCAUCAUAAUCCUAAUGCAAUUUUGAACUACCAGCUAAGAGCAACAAUACUCAAUAUGUACAGUUGAAAGAGAAAAAUUAUCAUUUUUUUUUUCUUUUCAUCAGCUCUCAUGACAUGGACUUGCUUAUCUCCUAAGACCACCAUGAUGAUAACAAUUCCCCUUCCUUUGGCAGUUUUGGUGUCUUACGCAUUGCUGAACAAAGACUUUCUCCCAAACAGCUCACAAAGCAGCCCCAAGGAGCUCAAACACGUUAAGUACUCCAUUGUGGGAUCCACUUCUGACACCAUGGAUCAGGAUGCGCCAUCUCGCCAAAAACUAACAUGUGGCGAAAUGCUCAACAUUGCAUGGAAAAUGAGUUCAGUCAAUAUUUCUCUAUUGUUGAGCUUUUCUGCUGAGUAUAUCUCUGCUGUAUCCGUACUUACGACGAUUUCUUUCCCCGAUUCACAUAUUCUCCCUCGCGAUCACUUCCUUAUUUAUCUGUUGUCGUACUUUAUCGGUAGAUUUGUCGGUCGAAGCUAUUUGCUUUUAUUUUCUUGGCUGCCUUCUAAUAUUACGAAAUUUCUUCAGUGCAAUAGAACCUGGAUUUUCACAGUGCUGCAGAUGGCACAACUGACUUUCUUGGUAUUGAACUCGUUGUACCAUUUCGUCCCAUACAUCUGGAUAAUAAUCUGUGUUUGUUCAACUCUUGGUCUAAUCGGCGGAAUGAUAUGCGUGAACGCACCCCAUGCAGUUGCGCAGCACGUUAAAUCCGAGGAGAAAGAGUUUGCUUUAGGACUGGUGUCAGUUGGUUCAUCCAUGGGUGUAUUAGUGGGUGCCCUGAUUGGGCUGGCUGUGGAAUCGAGUCUUAGAAAGCAUUGUGUCGAGCAUUACCCAGACACCAAAGAGUUCUGCUUCACAAGAUAUCAAAACACCACUGGCUGGGAAACUAAUAUUCACUGUUAGAGCCUGUUAUAAAUUCUGACGCUUUGGUGCUUAAAGUCAAAAACCAACCAAGCAUACAAAAAACCUAACUGACCAAUAGACAAAGGUCCAAUCAAAACCUUCGUUUGCAUUAAUUUUUAUAGAGAAUAUCAUCACGAAAUUUAUGUACUUUUCCGUGAACGUAUUUUGUUCGCCAGACUAAAAAUACUUUGUCCGCAAAACUUUCUGAGACCACUCAGUAAUGUUUUAGGUCGAGCGCAUGAUGAUCAGAUGAGGAUCGUUCUCUCUCAGCAGCAAGCCUGCUUUAGCAAGUGAUCUCUUUUGAAAUCCUACGCUGCUGGAACAGUGACCAAAAUUUUGGGUCUAUUUGCUUUAGAUUGUGGGUUCCGAGAAAAAAAAAAUUUAUAAUAGAGUGAAGUUUCUGAUACUUACGAGAAUCAUCUUCAAAUGUUUCAAAGACUUGUGUCUAAGUUGCGUGCAGUAUGUAUGUCUUCAUAAGACAACGCAAAAGGGGUUGCUUGGGGCCAGACUCGUAAAAUAGAAAAAACAAAUUAAAUUCAAGUAGCAUAUACCACACAGGUCUAUAGUGCUUUUCACGCGCGCUGAUUGGUUAGUUUGGAAGUGAUUUGCAUUUUAUUUACCUUUUGGGCAGCCGAAGAGACAAAGAGGCGCUUCAAGAGUUACUUCCAGACCAUUUCUCGGG